CCCUGAUUUGUUCACUUUGAGACAAUCAUGUGGCUGUCGCUCUAUCGUUCGCACACGUGAUCUGUAAGCAAAUCUUUACCAAUCAGAUAAAACAAUAUUGUCGCAACGAGUUGAUCUAUAUGCGUUAUGUUAUUCAUUAAUCACUGUGGACACAAUAAGAAAUAUUUGUAUUAGACAAUGGGCCCACGCGCUCUCUUACACACUAGCCCACAACAAAACGUUUUACCCGCUAGUAUCGAAAAUAACCAGAUACGUAAUGAACUAUUACAUGUUAUCCCAUGUACCAUCAACUUUCUUGGUGCCAGGGCCUUAGAUUUCUGCCACACCUUGUCACACCUUUUAAGACAUGCCUCGAGAAAAAAAAUCUGCGAAUUUGACCAUUAAAAUCUCUCUGUGGCUGAAGUAUGUCCUUUCCGUUAAAAGAGCGACCACGAAAGUUUUGAAUCUUUGGAAAACGCCCCUCCCGCGAGCAAAAUGAUCUCCUAUCUAGAAAUCCUGGCUCGACCUAUAGUUGCUGCCCCUAUAUGGAGCCGAACACCCGGCCAUUUCUAGAGAAACACCGAACUACAAGUUCGCCAAAGAUGGAUUUCCUUCGUUGUAAGACCUGUCCCGACUUGGGCAACAUUCAGGUCCCUAUUGGUUAAGUCCAGUCAUCAUAUUGACCUGACCCAAACAACCUCACUCGGCCAGGGCGUGAGGGGAAUCUACAUUAAUUGGGUGUCACAAUCGCCCGGAGUGGAGGCCUACAGAUUCUGGCGCGUGCAAGAUAGCCAAAUAAGAAGUUAUGUUUAGCCAUGAACCAGAAGACGACCUCGGCAUCAACCUCCACUUCUAUAGCCAACUUAACAUACCCUUCUAUCCGUUACUCGGUAAUAGCGCACUUGUGGACGAGGAUGGUCAACAGCCGGAUAAUCAGCCAGUGCCAAGUUUCAAGUCAAAGAGAUAUCGCGAUAAACUGCGAGAAGAGAUCAAGGCAUUAGAGUCCUUGCUUCCUAUUGGUCGGAGUGACGUACAGCGCCGCCUUGAUAGUCAAACCGUCUUCAGAAUCGCGCUGGGGUAUCUGAGAACAAAGAACAUAAUUGAAGCCUCCAUGUCCGAUUUCCCACCAUCUAGUCACAUAGCCGAUAACUUGAUAGAACUUUACGGAGAAGCGGACGUGUUGUUUGGAUUGGAGGAAGAUAAUCUUGACGAGUACAUUGACGGGUUCCUACUGAUCGUGAAAGAGAGGGCAACAGUUUGUUAUGCAUCUAAAAACAUCAAGAAGAUUCUUGGACUCAACUCAGCUGACCUGAUGAACAGAAGUAUUAGCCAUGUCUUACACACUGACUACGUGGCCGAGAUGAGGCAACUUCUUGAUGAGAAAGAACAGGGGAACCAGUUCGCCAAGGUUUCUAAGAAGCUGAAGAUGAAGAAGGUUAAAGACAACAGUCACGUUUUCGUUGAUGUCCAGAUGACUGGUAAACUAAAGCGUCUGCAGGGUCCGCCAACGGGAAAGUGUAAACAAUCAACGGUCGUGCUGCUGGCCUUCUGUCGUCUGGCAACCGUCGCACAAGAUGGCGUCGGGAGGGCAGAGAACGAAGCCUCGUUUUGGAGUAAGCAUGAGAUGAACAUGAAGAUCAUUGAAGUUGACAAAAGUGUAACGACCAUCCUUGGCUACGAAGCAGAUGAGCUGAGCGGCGAGUCCUUCUACUCCUUGGUGCAUCCUGAAGACCUGGCCUGCUGCAGGAAGGUUCACUUAGGCUUUAUAGAAACGACCGCAGUGCAGAUGAUGUACUUCCGCAUGCUGUCAAACACAGGAUCCUGGGUGUGGCUGCAUACGAGGGGGAAGGUCAUCUAUAAAGCGACCAAGAAGCAUUCCAUCAUAUUGUCGCACACCAGAGUCAGAGAAGGAACUUCAGUGCUUGUCCAACAGGAAUCCCUGCGGCGGCAAAACGAGGGCAUAACCGAGCUAAUGGCCGCGAUCAACCCAAUCAGCUGUGAGAUGUCACCAAGCAGUCACAAGCUACCGCACCAAAGGAUGAUGACAGCACAACCUCCGGCAGAGGGGUAUUCAGACUCAAUAACUUCGUCUCUGAUUCAAGUCCGCCAUUCGCCAAAUAUUGCUCAGAUUCAAAACCAGCCAAUCAGGGCAUACGUUACGUGUACCGGUACUACAGAACAUUCUGCUUCCCCAUUGGUCCAACCCGUGUCUAGCUGCGCGACGGAAGUAGGCUAUUGCCUACCAGUGCCUGAUCGCGAACUAUAUUCGAACAAUCAGCGCGCCAUUACACCUGCACCGAGCGAAGGUGAAGUGUUCAAACAUGGUAGACUCCUCCGAGAUGUGGAAUCGAAUUCGUGUCUGAGCCACCGUCCAGCAAAUAAUUGUCGACCAAGUCCAACCAACGACUACAGUCUCCAGUGGAUGAAUCCACCGGAUUACCGUAUGCCUGAUUUUGUCCACUGUAUGCCUGAUUUUGCGCAAAUUCAAAUGCUCAAACGACCAAAUAUGGCGUUGACCAACGAAGAAUCUGUACUUGGAAUUGAGCACAGUCAUGGGCGAGGCUAUGACGUUAUUCUCCCAAAUUUCACAAAUUGCUCAAUAGAUUUCGAGAAUUCGAUGACUGAUAUCAAGACUGAAUUCCUCUACAACGAAUGCAAUGGUUUUUGGAACACGGAUGUUUUGACCAAUUUGCGAAACCCUAUGGAAGAUGGUUAUGACGUUAUUGAUGUGGAUGUGACGCACCCUGGUUAUGACGCCCUGGUUCCCAAUACCAAUACUUCCAAAGUUCAUGCUCCCAUUCUCAACACAUUGAUGCACAACGAAGAAGUGAGUCAUGUCCACCUGCCUAGCUUUGCUUCGGCGUUUACCGGUUCGAAUUCAUGAUCUCGUCAAUGCCAUCAGCACCAUCACUCAGUCGGAGGAUGACCGGCUGAUUUUUUAUAAUGGCCAACGUAGGCUCAUGAAU